AUGACUUACAUUACAACCGGAAGUGAGACCUGUGCGACAAAAUGUCAAAAAUAAUUUUAGCUUUAUUUAUCGCCUUUGGGGCUUCCCAGGCUACCAAAACACCAGUUUUAAUUUGGUCGCCAAAUAGGCCAUUGAGCGAUUUACCACAGAGUUAUGCAGGGGAAACUGUAAAAGACGAGGUUUUCACGGAGAAAUACCUUCAGCCAUUAUUAACCUCUGACCCUAGUCAGUCAGUAGUGGUAUUUCUGCAAGACAAGCUGAGUGUAGAAGAUUUCACCAACCAUGCUGAUGUUUACAAUCCAAACAGUGAUGGUGGAGCAUUCAAAAAUGUUAAGUCUGCCAUGGAUGAUCAGUUCUCAGUUCACCUACCAGCAGUGAUCAGCCCAAAAGCAACUAUAGAAAGCCUAUCUAAGUCUUUCUCAGGCAGUGUGAUAAAGGUAGAUAACCCAGAAGACUUUGCAAACUUGAAGCUUGAGGAUGGCAAGGGUUAUCUUAUCAUCGUGUCACUCGAGCCAAUUCACAGCCAAGAAGAGUUUGGUUCCUUCAAGAGAAAUGAUGAGGCUAUAGGGAAGUGUUUACAUCACAUGAACAAGAGAAGUAUCAAAUACAGUGCCAUCUACACUGCAGAGUCCUCUUCAAAGGUGGUGAGUGAGGAAGCACACAGUGGACGGCAUCUGUUGGCAGCGGCAGAUAAGACCGGUAAUGGUACAUACGUGAACAGCCAGGGUGUCAAAGUAUUCCUGAAGUCUGUCUCUGUAUAUAUCACUCCAAAGCCAAAAGAUCCCAACACUAAAGCAGUAACAUUCAGCACGGAGUAUCAGUUCGAUGAUGACAAAGAUCUAAACUUUGAAAAAAUGAACGAAUCUGUCAAGUUAACUUUCACCAUGAAAGGCAAUGGAACUGCCACUCUGGAGAUGUUAAUCUCUCCAACACAAUUGUACGAGUUUAUGUCGAUGAAUGGAACAUUCAGCUAUAAAGGGGAUGGAGACUCGGAUAAUGACGUUGAUAACAUGCCUAUAGACUACAAGAUCCAGGCAACCAGGGGCUUCUGUUUCCAUUGUACACAGUUGAGAGCUGCGAGGGAUUACACUAGAAAAGAUUUCAAUGGUACUAGUUCAGUGAGCGUUGUUCUCAAUGGAUUCCAGAUUGAAGCAUUCAACCCCUACAACAACACAAGUGAUCAACAGUUUACCAACGAUGUAUGGGAUUGUGUCGAGUUCUUCACAAUUCCGAUCUGGAUGGGUAUAAUCACCACGCUUCUUCUCCUCACGAUUCUGUUCUACGGAAUCACGAUGAUUUCCAACAUCACGACCAUGGACAGGUUCGACGAUCCGAAAGGGAAGACGAUAACCGUGACAGUUAAUGAGUAGUCUUCAGAAAAGCUUUAGUCCAGCUCCUAUAUAUAGACAAUUCAACUUUUAUUUGUUUUGAACUUAAUUCAUAAUUUAGCAAGAAAAAAAAAUCCGAGUAACUAGUGUUUGAAUAUUAUUGUAAAAGAGAGUAGAUUUCCGGACUUGUUUGUCACUUAAGACAGGUCAGUCCUCGAAAAUAAAUCUUAAAGCUGCGUUCAAUUGAAAGUUGGCAAUUUUUUAAUUUUUAGCUCAUCUGAUUUUUUGAAAAAAAAUGAUGAGUUAUUGUCAUCACUUGAGCGGUUGUCGGCGUCGGCGUUGCCUGGUUAAGUUUUAUGUUUAGGUCAGCUUUUCUCCUAAACUAUCAAAGCUAUUGCUUUGAAACUUGGAAUACUUGUUCACCAUCAUAAGCUGACCCUGUAUAGCAAGAAACAUAACUCCAUCUUGCUUUUUGCAAGAUUUAUGGCCCCUUUUGUACUUAGAAAUAUCAGAUUUCUUGGUUAAGUUUUAUGUUUAGGUCAACUUUUCUCCUAAACUAUCAAAGCUAUUGCUUUGAAACUUGGAAUACUUGUUCACCAUCAUAAGCAGACCCUGUACAUCAAGAAACAUAACUCCAUCUUGCUUUUUGCAAGAUUUAUUGCCCCUUUUGGACUUAGAAAAUCAGUUUUCUUGGUUAAGUUUUAUGUUUAGGUCAGCUUUUAUCCUAAACUAUCAAAGCUAUUGCUUUAAAACUUGCAACACUUGUUCACCAUCAUAAGUUGACCCUGUAUAGCAAGAAACAUAACUCUGUCCUGCUUUUUGCAAGAUUUAUGGCCCUUUUGGACUUAGAAAAUAUCAGAUUUCUUGGUUAAGUUUUAUGUUUAGGUCAACUUUUCUCUUAAACUAUCAAAGCUAUUGCUUUGAAACUUGCAACACUUGUUCACCAUCAUAAGCUGACCCUGUACAGCAAGCAACAUAACUCCAUCCUGCUUUUUGCAAUAAUUAUUGCCCCUUUUGGACUUAGAAAAUCAUUUUCUUGGUUGAGUAUUAUGUUUAAGUCAACUUUUCUCAUAAACUAUCAAAGCUAUUGCUUUAAAACUUGCAACAGUUUUUCACCAUCAUAAGUGGACACUGUACAUCAAGAAACAUAACUCUAUCCUGCUUUUUGCAAGAAUGAUGGCCCUUUUUAGACUUAGAAAAUCAUGGGUAGGACAAUAUUUCUAUUACACAAAAAAAAUCAGAUGAGCGUCAGCACCCGCAAGGCGGUGCUCUUGUUAUGAGUAACUGCAAUAGAUUUUUUCGAAUUGCUUUCUUGAAUUUUAAGAACUUUUCGUCUACAGUUACACACAUAGUCAAAAAAUGUAGAAAAGUCUCAAAUGUGCUUGUCACGCUGUUGAAAUUUCAUGAUAAUAGAAGGCAUUGGCUGUAAUUUGUAUCUUAUAAAUUAAUCUUUACCUGCUAAAUUUCUAAAAUGCACUGGUCCAUCAUUCAAUUUGGGCCAUUUAUUAUUCAAAGGGGUGUUCACUGAAAAUUUACUGGCUGAAUAGCGAACAGCGCAGACCAUGAUCAGCCUGCACGGAUCGCAAAUGCAAUUCACUUGCCGCCAGCAGGCUAAAGGUUAAGUAUUGUCCUUUUAACAAUACUUUGUCAUUUUUGGUGUCUUGUAUAAAGUGCUGUCAGUUUUCAAAAAAAGAGCUUUUGAUGUUGAUCUGGAGGCGUGUCACUUUAAUACGAAAUAGAUUACAAACAGAAUAAAAUUCAUUAGAAUAUUGUUGUAGCAGACAUUACACAUCUUGAGUCUAAAAAUUUUUAGCCGGUUUAAGGCACAGGCCAGUUUUGUAAAUCCCUACUCUGACGUGUUUUUUGCUUGUAAGUAGAGUUAGUUAAUGGAAUUUAUUCAAGGAUGUAUUUUUCGUGCUGUAAAGAAGCAAGCUAGGUUAACUUGCAUUAUGUGUAUAGGUUAAACAUGAAUUGUCAGGAAAUGUGACAAAUGCCAGUGUUAAAAUAUAUCAGUUACAUAAUUUGAAAUUGUAAAACAUAAUUUUGAUUAAAAGAUACCGUAGCAAUGGUGACUGGAAUUAAUUCUGGACCAGUUUUUCCUUUAAAGAGCAGAUCUGAUUAAAAGACAUAUUAUAAACAAAAUCUCCAUGUUGCAAACAAAAAUGUUAUUGACCAUCCAUUUGAGUGCAGAAAUAUACCUAUUUCAAGCUGAAAAUACUCCUGAUUAAGCAAGCUAUGCUCUUCUUAAACCAUUAAUGUCAGGAAGCAAUGAAUAUUUUUCAGGAUUAAGAUUUGUUAAUGUGACAUCAUUUUUGGGUAAGCGUUUUUCUACAGAAACAAGUAUAUUAAAUGUUCAGUGAUCACUUAGUACUGUAAAAUUACAUUCCACCUUUUGAAAUACUUCACACUGACACAACUUUUCAGGUUUUUUAAAAAGAAUUUUAUUUUUUCAAGAACUUCUUUAUAUAUUUUGGAAAUAAAAUGGUACUUAAAACCUAGAUAUGAGAGGAUUAUUUAGCGAUUCAGAAUGUCCUCUGUGUACUAAUAAGUAGUUAUAACUUCACUCUAAAACAACAUUUUUACAUUAUAUUUUUCACUUGAAUUUUUCAUAAAAAGAGUAUUUGUUUAAAAGGUAGACCAAUAAUCAGUAAUGAAAUAAAAUUAAAAAGAAUGAUAAA